AUGGCCCUCCCCGAAGACUCAGAUCUAUCCAUCACCCCCUUCUCCUCCGUCAACUUCACCCUGCAAAAUCCCUGCGACUUCACAACAUGGUUCUACAUCGCCAAAGCCGUCGCAGGCCCCCAACUCUGGCCCUCCAUCAACCCUCUCCUGCCUGGUCCCUCCAUCAAGCCCCUCCUCCAAGAACCGCCCCGCCCCUCAGAUAAAGGUCUGGAAAAUUUCACCGACAAAGAAUUCCGGCUCUAUCUAUGGUAUUAUGAGCGCUGGCGCGAGCGACACAACGAUUGGAAAGUUCAGCAAAUGCAGCUGCACAACAUGGAUGUGUGGCUAUUUCGAUCGGUGGCGCCGCAAUUCUGGGCCUACUUCAAGCGGGAGGAGAGUGUCCGGGAGAAGAUGCUCGCCAUCAGAAGCGCACUUGACCAUGGGCCAAGGGGAAGGUGGUGGUAUAAGGGUAAGCAGGCUAAGGUGCCUGUCACGCAGCAGGCGGAUUUAUUACCGACGAGUCCUGAGGCGGAUCAUCCGCCUUGGAAGAAGAGUGCUCGACCGGGGCAGGGGAGGCCGCGGUUGGGGAGUUGUUUUGGGGCGUUAGAUGGGAGGGGCAGGGGGGAACAGGGGGUAGUGGGGAUGAUAAGGACGGUGAAGGAGGACGGUGUUGGAGAUGAGACGAAAUUGAAAGUGGAGGAGGGAGUUGACCAUGCCUCUGGGGACGGGAAGGUGGUUGAGACGGGCGCUGAGAACGGGAGGGCGGUCAAUUGGGUCGAUUCGAACAAACCGGUGAACAGUACGGUUGCUACCGAUCAUCAGGAACAUGUCGAAGUUUCCAGUGUCGAGGAAGUUGAGGAUGAUAUGUUUGGGAACUACAAGCUAGUUGGCGCUUCAAUGAAUGAUCAUGGCGCGGCCUGUGGACUCGCUAAAGGUGUAACUGAUGUUCACAACAGAGCUCACACAUCGGGAGUUGACGAUAUGGGGGCGAUGGGCAUGGGUGAGGAAUGUAAUGACAAGGACGUCGAAAACCUUGACAACCAUGGACCGGUGAUGGGGCAGGUUAGCGAUGAUGUCACAGAAGACAGCCGCAACGGUGUCCCUGUCGCAGUCCCUGUGUGCUCAUAG